AUGAGAACAAUAUUGGGAUAUCAAAGUAUACGAUGGCUAUCGAAAGAGAUACUCACACCACCUGGAUAUAGUAAAAAAUCAGUGAAUCAUCUCAAAAGAUUUUUCAUCGACAAAAUUCGCGCGUCUGGUCCAAUCACAGUCGCCGAAUAUAUGAAAACCUCAAUUUCCGCACCACAAGUAGGUUAUUACGGACAGUUUUCUGAUAAACAGCGAGUUUUCGGUGAUUCUGGAGAUUUUAUAACAUCGCCAGAAUUAACUCAAUUAUUUGGAGAAAUGAUUGGUGUUUGGGUGUUUUAUGAAUUAGCAAAUACUGGAUAUCGUGGACCUUGGCAAUUAGUUGAAUUAGGACCAGGAAGAGCUCAAUUGAUGAAUGAUGUUUUGAGAUCUCUCGAAAAAUUUCAAGAUAAAGAUGUGAGUGUUCAUCUCGUUGAAACAUCCGAUGCUUUGAUUGAAGAACAAGAAAGAGUGCUUUGUGUUGAUAAUUCAACUCCACCAACUGGUAAUUUUCAAGAAUCUUGUGGAAAAUUCUUUACCCUAUCAUUAUUUCAGGCGAUGUUCCAUACGUGAAGAAAAACAAAUCCCGAACUGGAGUUGAUGUAUUUUGGUACAAAUCGAUUGAUGAUAUUCCAAAUGGUUUCACUGUUUUUAUAGCAAAUGAAUUUCUAGAUGCUUUACCAAUCCAUCAAUUUAGCAGAAGUUCGAAAAAUCCCGAAACUUGGCAUGAAACUUAUAUCAAUAUUGAUAAACAUGGGGACAAUUUAUGUUUUAUGCAUUCGAAAGCUGAAAAUAUUCAUACAAAGUAAGAAUUUCAUAAGAGGAAAACAUGGAAAUUACUUUUUGUAGAGGUUUGAUCCCUGAAUAUAUUCGAAAUGACAAACAUCGCAAAACAUGGGAAUGCUCACCGGAAUCUGGAACAGUUGUAAAUCAAGUCGCAGAUCGAAUAAAAACAUUCGGAGGUUUCGGUCUUUUUAUUGAUUAUGGACAUGAUGGUUCAAGAGAUACACAUUCUUUUCGAGCUUAUAAAAAUCAUAAACAAGUUGAUCCUUUGGAAUCACCUGGAACUAUUGAUUUGACUGCUGAUGUCGAUUUUGGAUAUCUUUCGAGUUUGUUAAAAGAAUCAAGUCUAGUUUAUGGACCGAAUAAUCAACGGUUUGUGUUUGGGAAUUUGAAUUUAGAUUUGAAUCAAAACCAGGUUCAAUUUUUGCAGCGAAUUCCUCGCUCAACUUGGAAUUGAAGCUCGACUUCGAAGACUUCUCAAACUUUGCAAAGAUAGAGAUACUCAAGAACAGCUUAUAAGUGAGCUCUCUUGAAUUUAAAGUAAAUCAAAAAAUAUUUCUAAUUUCAGAAGCCUAUAAUAUGUUGAUGGGUGAUAUGGGUGAAAAAUUCAAAGCCUGGUCGAUUUUCCCGAAAACUCUUGGAACAAUUCUAGAUGCGAGAAAGGGACCUGCAGGAUUUGCUCAAAAAUAA